CCCAGUGGAAACAAGUGUGAAAAUUGUCGGGGACGUGAACAAACGUGAGGUUGUUUUGCUGUCAGUCCACUCGCGGUUUAACGAGUUCAGGGAGAAGUUAAUGAUUAUGAUUUUAUGUGUGUAAAACUGUUGGACUUAGGGGAAUGGGGCGGCCCAGCUGGCUUGUUUUCUCGGACGGGCACUUCAACUGCGAUAGGAGUUUGUCUCGGAAUAAGUUUAGAGCAUCAUUUUCGCUCCGUUCAUCGACGAAAGUUGUCAUGAUAAUAUUGACGUUGAGCCGAUGCAGCCAAAUUUGAUCAAAGCUAGGAAGACAAACUCUGUGAAUGAACCCAGGAAGUCAGAUUAGAUGUGAAGGAGAAAUCGGAAAAUGAGGUCGAAGUUCCCCCUGCCCUCCCCUAAAAAGGUGAAACGUGGGCCAGGGGGAAAGCCCAUCCGACCAAGGUAUGCCUCCACAGAAUUGGGUAUUCGGGAAAAGUUAUUUGUAGCAGUGAUAACAUCUAAAGGUACUGUGGACACAGCAGGUGCGUCUUUAAACAGAACAUUGGCUCACUAUGUUACCAAAAUCACAUUCUUCAUGGAAGCCAAAGGGACUGUACCCCCGGGCAUGGGAGUGGUGAGCUUCAGUGACAAGUCUGCCCAUCUUCUACCUUUGCACAUCCUAAAGUACAUCUCGGAUCACUAUGCCCAGGUGUUUGACUAUUACCUGUUUGUGUCUGAUCUGACGUACCUGCGAGGAGAAAAGGUGUUUGACUUUGUCAGCGGUAUAAGUGUGAGUCAGGACGUUCAUAUCGGUGCUCCUAACCGGUAUACAGAAACAGAGUUCUGCGGGCUGGAUGGUGGGGUCAUUUUGUCACAGUCCGUCCUGUCGCGGACGGUUCAGGACCUAGACUGGUGUAUGACAAACGCCCACUCCAACAACCCCAGUGUAAACUUCGGCAGAUGUGUGCUCCAUGGGUCAGGUGUGGGCUGCUCGGCUACUGUGGGGGGUCAUGAGUACAGGAAUUAUCGACUGAACGACUUCCACUUUGACGAGGACAUCAGCACCCUGCAAACCCAGCCUCAGUUCCGUGAAGCUCUGGCCAUUCACCCCAUGCCUAAUGACCUGACUGUUUACAAACUUCACAGAUACUAUUGUCAGGUGGAGUUGAAUGAUACUCAGCAUCAGAUUGCCGAGCUUAAGGACAAUAUAAUACAUCUGAGCAAAUACACCCCAGGUGGUAAAGAGAGUCUCUCAUGGCCUAUAGGUGUGCCGGAGCCGUUCAAGCCCAAGAAUAAGUUUGAUGUGAUAAGGUGGGACUACUUUACGGAGGAGAAUAUUUACUUUGAGGAUGACUUUACCAAUGUUAACAAACUUUCAGGUGUAAAUAAGCUUGAUGUGGAGGAAGUUCUGGCCACAGCAAAGCAGAAGCUAGAGAAGAAACACCGAGCCGUUUACAAGACGGUCAAGCUGGUAAACGGUUAUCGGAGGUUUGACCCGACACGAGGCAUGGAGUACACGCUGGAUCUGCGCGUGUCAGAAGGGGGCACCCUCAGUGCGUUCAACACCCGGGUGCACCUGGUGAGACCCCUAGGCUUUGUGGAAAUCAUCCCGCUGCCGUACGUGACAGAGAACACGCGGCUGACGUUAGUCCUGCCGGUCCGUGCCCAGGACAAGAAGGGCGUGGUCGGCUUCCUCGACUCGUACGCUCAUGUCUGUCUUGACUCCGGGGACAACACUAAUCUCUUCAUCGUGUUUGUGUACGAGGAGAACCGGCCAGCUGAGGAGGACAUAUUCUCCUCAUUGAAGUCCAUGAUUUCAUACUAUGAGAAUAAGUACCAGAAUGGUGCAAAGAUUGCCUGGAGCAGCCUCACUCUGACAGGGUCGUACUUGUCAGAAAUCACUCUGAUGGACACCAUUUCUAAACAGUUCAAUCUGGAUUCACUUCUCGUCCUGUGCACGGUGGGGAUUGAACUGUCCAGUGAGUACCUGAACAGAGUUCGCAUGAACACUAUUGCUCGGUGGCAGGUGUUUUUCCCGAUUGGCUUCUGGCAGUAUGUCCCUCAUAUCAUCUAUGAGGAAAAGCCGUACCCGACCACCAUAGAAAUCAGCCGCUACUCUGGACACUUCGAUAUCAAUGCCUAUGAUCACAGCAGCUUCUACAACUCCGAUUACAUGGUGGCACGAAAAGCUUUGGCACCAGGUGAAGAGCUGACUAGUGAUCUGUUCUCCAUGUUUGUGAACUACAAAAAAAUCCACAUAUUUCGAGCUGUAGAACCAUAUCUCCGGCACAAGUUCACGAACAUCGAGUGUCCGAUGGAAAUGCCAAAAAGGCUGUAUGAUCAGUGCUUAGUGCGAAAGAUGGAGAGUUAUGCGACCCGUGCACAGUUAGCCAUGCUGGUGUUUGAACAUAAACAGAAACAAGAACAAGAGGCCAAAGAUCUGCAGGAAAAUAAAAAAGAGGAUUACUGAGAUGAUGAAAACACGAAAUAUUCCACAAAAGCCAUUUUUGAUUUAGCAGGA